GUCCUACACUCGAUAGUUAAACACUCCAUAAGAUCAUUUCAAUCCUCCGCCAUGGCACUGAGUCGCUUCGAGUAUGUGAAACAGUUCGAAGCGGAAGAGAAGCUACUUCCCAACAGCUGGAUUGUGGUGCGGAUCGAUGGGAAAGGAUUUCAUCGGUUCUGCAACGUGCACUCCUUCACCAAACCGAACGAUCUAGAUGCGUUGCAGCUGAUGAAUCUUGCCGCUAUGACCGUGAUGCAGGAGUUUAACGAAAUAGCGAUCGGAUACGGGCAAAGUGAUGAGUAUUCGUUUGUGUUUCGCCGCGAGGCCAGUGUGUACCAGCGCCGAAGGGACAAGCUGGUAAGCUAUGUGGCCAGUCUGUUUACCUCAGCGUAUAUGUUUCAUUGGAAGCGAAUUUUCGAAAAUCGUUCGAUGAACUACCCACCUUCGUUCGAUGCGAGAGCUGUCCUGUAUCCAACGGACGAGAAUCUACGUGACUAUCUUAGCUGGCGACAGGCGGAUGUACACGUGAACAAUCUUUACAACACAACGUUCUGGAAUUUGGUUGCUUCCGGGCUGAGCAAUUCGGAAUCAGAGAAACGGCUUCAGGGAACGCUGGCGAGUGACAAGAAUGAGAUACUUUUCUCACAGUUCGGGAUAAACUACAACAACGAACCGGCUAUCUUCCGGAAGGGCACAAUUUUGCUGCCGAAAAGUGUUUCCAUUGCGGCGACCACACAAUUGCUGGAGCUUCCCCAGUGCAGAGAGAAGAAGCAGCUGAUGUCGUCCAUUCUAGUGGGUAGCAUCUGGUACGUACCAACAAAACGUGCCAUUGCGGGUGAGUGA